AUGGAGAAGCUGCAUGUCGCAUUCGAAAUGCUGGAGGAUACAAAACAAGAAGCAGAAUUGGAGUCUUUCGACCAAUACCUCCAAGUGGCAGUGGAGAACACAAACAUAGCGGACCAAUUCUGCGCAAAUCUGCAACGAUGCAAAGCGGAGAGAAGAGAUACCAAGUCGCAGAUCCAAUUGCUGGACAAGAUAACAGCCAUGAUGAGCCAAUUGGCAAUAAAUGGUCAAGAAGUUGACCAACCAAAUUCGAUGAGGAUAUCCAGACGCGGACACUCGAAAAACGAGCCGAUCUGGAAAAUCCAAAGGAUUGGACAUGGGCAAAAAUGCAGAAAGAGCGGCAUACUCCAAAGAAGAGAAUAUGUCGAACAAACGCGAAACAAGAUUAACGCGAUACAGGAAAGCUCAACUAAAAAGCCCAUCCAACCAAUCCGGGGCUACAAACCCACUUGUAUCUAUUGCAAGCGGUUUGGCCAUCAAUCUACGGAAUGCCGUACAGUCAAGGAAUCAGAGAGACUCCUCUUUCUGAUAAAGAACAAGCUUUGCCUCAAUUGUGGCAAGCCGUACCACACAGCAAAUGUAUGCCUGAGCCCUCCAUGUCAAAAAUGUGGCAAAUUGCAUCACAUCUCGCUCUGUAUGGCUCUCAGUAGCCAGCAACAAAGACAAAAUCCUCAAGGAAACCGUCUAAAUGCAGCGAACUUCACCCAGCCCGUGCUUCAACAACAAACACGGGAACCAGCUCGAAACACUAGGCGUGCGCCGUCGAAGAAAGCGACAAGAAGCACCCCAAUAACUAACCAGAAUGCGAUCGUCCAAGACAGACUCGACACAUAA